UCGCUUUCAAGAGCAAUAGGAUGCAGAGCCCGUUGCCAAUGAGUCCGAUGGCUCGUCCGCCGCUCAAACUUCCUCCUCGGGGUGGUCCCAUGAGCCCUCCGCCGCCGUCGCGAUUACCAGCUCUGCGGCCCACCGAGUUGCACGAGUCGCCGGCUCCGCUCAUGGACGUGUCGCAAACUGCGUCAUGGCUGCGAGACGACGACGCUAUUUACGGGGCGUAUGAAGCGCGCCAGACUCCCUACUACCGAAGCGUCCAGCGUCCAGCACCACCCAAGCCGGACAACGCAGCGCUCCAUCGGCAAUGCGUCGAUGCCAUCGCCUUUUACGCCAAGCAAGUCGACGCGCGACGGGUGCAAAUGGACAAACUCAAACUGUACGCGCCACGCAAGGCGUCCGAGGUCUUUCCCAUCGCUGCCUACGACACCAAGCUGUAUAUGACGCCCCGGUCAACCAAGACGUCGCCAUCGCCGCCAUCGUCGUCGUCGUCGUUGCACAGUCUCUCCCCCGUUGAUGCCAGCACUAUGCCGACCGUGCCCGACGACGAGUACUCGCAUGUGCAGCAAACGCUUCGCUUUGACGCGCUUAGCCCGCCGUCGUCGCCCGCGACCGACACUCCACCGAUGAUGCCGGUUGAGAGUACAACGGGCAACGCAUCGUUUCGCCUCUAGUCUCGAAGCCCAGCUCGUUUAUGGAUGCAUAUGCACAUCAUUGUAACAACGCGUCCGCUGUUGCUGCUUGACUUGCGAGGAGAAG